AUGGCGCUGCCCAAGCGAAUCAUAAAAGAGACGGAGAGGUUGAUGGCAGAGCCUGUCCCUGGGAUAAGCGCGGUGCCCCAUGAAGACAAUCUGCGAUACUUUGAUGUCAGCAUACAUGGUCCAUCACAAUCUCCAUAUGAAGGAGGUGUCUUCAAGCUCGAACUAUUCCUGCCAGACGACUACCCGAUGACCCCUCCCAAGAUCAGAUUUCUGACCAAGAUAUACCAUCCCAACAUUGACAAGCUCGGCCGAAUUUGCUUGGAUGUGCUGAAGAGCAAUUGGUCGCCUGCGCUUCAAAUAAGAACCAUUCUCCUUUCCAUUCAGGCUCUGCUAGGUGCUCCAAAUCCGGAUGAUCCUUUGGCGAAUGAUGUUGCUCAGCGAUGGAAGGAGGACCAGGAGGCCGCGAUCCAGACAGCGAGAGAAUGGACCAAAACCUAUGCCAUGCCAUGA